AUGUGUUGUCUUCAAAACAAAAGACAGGUCCGCGCAUUCGAGGAAGUGGGAAGACGCGAGAGUGCGACAUGAAAGCCAAACCGUGGUCUUGUCGGCGGCUGUGAUAUAAAAGCCCGGAAUAUAAAAAAAAAAAGAAACAUUGAAAAAUAAAUUUCGACAGGAAAUAGAAAGAAAGAGAAAAAAACAGAGAAUCAAGAACAAGAAGAAUAUAAGAAAAUAGCAAUGAGGAAGAGUUGAGUCCCAAGGGCGGGGCGUGAUGCCUGCUGGGCGCCGGGGCCUGGUGGCCCCCCAAAACACUUUCCUGGAAAACAUCAUCCGGCGCUCAAACGUCCUGCCCGACUCGUCGUUCCUGCUGGCCAACGCCCAGAUCGUCGACUUCCCCAUCGUCUACUGCUCUGACUCCUUUUGCAAAAUCGCCGGCUACAACCGAGGCGAAGUCAUGCAAAAGUCCUGUCGAUGCGGGUUCAUGUACGGGGAACUAACAGACAAGGAGACGACCCGAAAGCUGGACGAGUGUCUGGAAAAGCAGCGGCAAGAACAGUUCGAGAUCCUGUUGUACAAGAAGAACCGGACCCCGUUAUGGCUCCUUCUGCAGAUUGCACCCAUCAAAAACGAAAAGGAGACCGUUGUCCUUUUUCUCUGUACUUUCAGGGACAUAACUGCUCUGAAGCACCCGAUAGACGCAGCAGAAGAUUUUCGGCCAGCAGGGUUCAGCAAGUUUGCCAAACUCGCCAGGAGUGUGACCAGGAACAGGUCAAACAUCAUGGGCAAUGCUGUUGGCAAAGACAGCAUGAAGCAGUCUUCUAUGGGAACAUAUGCCCAGGGAAUAUCCAUGUCCACCAGAGUCUUUGAGCACUUCGAGAACCGAUUUUUCAAGGAUGUGAUGAACCUCAAUGCAGACGUUAUGCCACAAUACAGACAAGAAGCACCAAAGACGCCACCGCAUAUCCUGCUACACUACUGCGCCUUCAAAACGAUCUGGGACUGGAUCAUUCUCUGCCUCACCUACUACACCGCCAUCAUGGUGCCCUACAACGUGGCCUUCAAAAACAAGACGUCAGAGGACGUUAGUCUCCUGGUCCUCGACAGCAUCGUCGACUGGGGAAGUGGUGUCGGAUCCGAGGAUCAUCAGCUACUUGAUGGAGUUCAGGACCAAGUAGUAUCUGGAGAACAGGACAAACGGAAUGCUGCACAAGUUACGGAAACUGGUCCUGCUCCUGCUCUAGCCCAGGAACAAAUCACGAGAGUUCCACCAAGCGUUGCUGCGACUGGGAAGAGUUGUGCGCAAACUCGACAGUUAGUCACCCAGAGACUGAUUCGUAAAAUUACUGAAAAAAAUGAGAUGAACUACCUCAAGUCCUGGUUCAUCAUAGACCUCUUGUCCUGUUUGCCUUACGACGUGUUCAAUGCCUUUGACCAGGACGAGGACGAGAUCGGGUCCUUGUUUAGUGCUCUCAAGGUGGUUCGCCUGCUGCGACUGGGAAGAGUUGUGCGCAAACUCGACAGAUAUCUGGAAUAUGGUGCUGCCAUGUUGAUCUUGCUCUUGUGCUUCUACAUGCUUGUUGCACAUUGGCUGGCAUGCAUUUGGUACACCAUUGGCCGAGGAGACGCAGAAAAUGGACUCACCUACUCUUGGCCGUGGAAAUUAGCCAACACUACACACAGGUUUUACAAAUAUGAACUCCGGAAUGACACUUUGGAGCAUGAACUGGUUCAGGGACCCAGCAGAGAAACCAUGUACAUCUCGUCGCUUUAUUUCACCAUGACCUGUAUGACCUCCGUGGGUUUUGGCAACGUGGCCGCCGAAACUGACAACGAGAAAAUAUUCACCAUCUGCAUGAUGGUCAUUGGUGCUCUUCUCUCAGCUACAAUAUUUGGUCACGUGACUACCAUCAUACAACAGAUGACGUCAGCCACUGCCAUUUACCACGACAUGCUGACGAAUGUGCGGGAAUUUAUGAAACUGCACGAAGUGCCUAAGGCGCUUUCCGAGCGCGUCAUGGACUACGUGGUCUCAACUUGGGCCUCCACCAAGGGCAUUGACACACAAAAGGUGUUGAGUUAUUGUCCCAAGGACAUGAGGGCGGACAUUUGUGUACACCUCAAUCGGAAGGUCUUCAACGAACAUCCUGCCUUUAGACUGGCGUCAGACGGGUGCCUGAGAGCGAUGGCUGUGCAUUUCCAAAUGUCGCACUCGGCCCCCGGGGAUCUCCUGUUCCACGUGGGCGAAUCAAUAGAGUCUCUGUGCUUCGUCGUGUCCGGCUCUUUGGAAGUGACGCAAGACGACGAGGUGGUCGCCAUUUUGUCCAAGGGUGACGUGUUUGGCGACGAGGCCUGGAAGGACCAGUCCAUUGGCCAGUCGUCCUGCAAUGUCCGCGCCCUUACCUACUGUGAUCUUCAUCUCAUCAAGCGUGACAAGCUCAUGGAAGUGCUAGACUUCUACCACGCAUUUGCAAAUUCGUUCGCACGAAACCUGGUGCUAACUUACAACCUGCGACACCGGCUCAUCUUCCGAAAGGUUUGCGACGUUCGUCGAGAGAAGGAGUUGGCGGAGCGGGACCGGAACCACCCGCACGAGGAAAUGUCUCAAGAACACCUAGUCCGGAAGUUGUUCUCCAAGUUCAAGCGUGGCGGCACGGCGUCCGCGGCGUCCGUGCGGAGCGACGACCCCGAGCUCGGGCACUCGCUCAUCUCGGAAAGGGCGGCCAUCGAGGGCCCAAUGGACGGCGGCCUUAUCGGCGGGGACACCGGAACGGCGGACCAAACGCCGACCAAGUCCGUUUUGGCGUCCCCGUCGGCGUCGUCCGUCACGGCGGCUGCCAGUGCCAGUGCCGGGGACCAAAGUGUUGUUUCUACACCGGCCUUGAAACGGGGUCUGCCCAAGGGCCGGUGGGCAGCAUUCAUGGGCAAUGGCGAGGCGGCUUCUCCGCCGACACCGGCGCCGUCGUCAGCGGCGUCCGGCGGCCCGGCGGUGCCGCCUAAACCCGCGGGCCUCGCAGCCGCCAUCAAAAAGUCCGCCGAGGAGAACAAGAUCCCCGAGGAACCCGCGGCGGUGGCGGCGGCGGCGACGUCAGCGGCGCCUUCGGACGACCGUGUCGCCGCUGCAGUCGUUGACGCCAAACAGGUCAUUGUGGAGCCAGUAUUCCCGCCGCCAGCUCAGGUCGUCGAGUCUCAGCGACAAAUCCUGGUCGCCAUCAUGGACUUCCGGGUCGACAUCAAGGUGGAGAUCCAGAAAAUCAACCAGCGGCUGUCGCGGCUGGAGGAAACCGUGGCCGGGCUUGAAACGCGGAUCCGAAGACCUGAAUAAGCCCGACUGUGAAACUUCCUCCACCAUUUACACUGGCAAAAACUUAUUUGAACAAACUCGAGGAUUGUUCAUUGAGAUCAUGCUUUUCUUUUUUUAAUUGCCCGGUUUUUUGCCCUGAAAUUUUCUCCGAUCCAUGAGCCGGUGUCACCUGUGCCUCCCACUCUCCCCGUCCGAAUCAAACUCCCAUUCUCAUUCGAACCCUCACUUAUUUCUCCUUUUUAGUUGAAAUGAGUAGCUAUUUCAAUCACAAAUUUGUAACUGUAUAAGUAAUGUGCUGAUCAUGAACUUACAUGGUGGAUAAGUUUUAUCCCAUGAUGAGUAGAGUAAAUCUUGUCAGACAUCACAUCCGAUUUAUUUCUCCAUCUUUUCAAGUAUAUUCUGCAUUGGGAAAAAAUACACUGGGGAAUUUGAGUUGAGUGAGGGUUCAAAAAUGAAUGCGGAUCGGACUAGGGAGAGGUUAUAAACUGCUACACCGGCAGUGCAAUACAUGUCCCACAUUUUUCGCCUUAAAUGUCAAAAGUUUUAUCCAAAUUUUUUCCUGAUCAUUGCAAGAGCGAGAGAGAAAGAGAGCGGACAACGAAAUGCUUUAAAAGUCUUUCACGAUUUGAUGAAAGUUUUGAAGGAAAGGCUUUCUUUCGUCAUGAAAAGAAAUUGAAAAUGGUUACCCUAUCGUUGAGCUUUUUAAAUUAUCGCUGUUUUGUUUUUGAGAUGACAUUCCGAAUUAAAUUAGCGCGGAGGAAAAUAACUUUAUUUUCUUCUCCCUUUGACAUAAAUACAGGAAAUGGCUCAAACGAUUCAUUUUUCCAUUCAUUUCGACGCUUUAUGGUCAAGUUUGUUGUUGAACUUUGCCUUUUCCCUUUUUUGGAAGACUUCAGGGAGCAUUUGUUUGGGUGAUUUCGGGACGAAUGAGAAAAAGAUGAAUUUUUCUAGUCAAUUUCUUCGACAUGGUUUUCAGGCUUAGACUCGCUGUUUCUGUUUUUUGUUUGUUUGUUUUGUUUUGCACGGAACCACGAAUUGAAAAUUUGAAGGGGAAAAUGUCGCUGAUCGACGGAAGAUUCGCGAAAGAUGUGAAACCGUGCUGAGCUAAAUUUCAAUAAAAGAAUUUCGAAAGAGUGAGAAAAAAAGAAACAAAAAAAUAUCGAACUGCGAUUUCCAAUCAUUUAUA